AUGAGUAAAUCCAAGAUAUCAGCAGAAUGGAAGAAACGAGUAAAGUGCGAGUAUAUGAGGCUUCGCCAAAUCAAGCGGUUCAAACGCGCAGACGAAGUUAAAGUUGCAUGGGCACGCAAUCUACGGCUAAUGUCGGAAGCUAUUGAAGCUCGUGAUACCGAAAGUAUUGAAAGAGGACGAAAACCGUUUUGGCCGCCUCCUGCACCUAGUUGUAAUCAUGAGAGUCUCAUGAAGAAAGCUGAAGUCUCUUACACAGAUGCUUAUGGUGUUGUAACAACCCAACAAGUUCCAAUACGCAUCAUUAACUCGGUCAACCCAAUACCUACGAUGUACACCUGGGCCCCCACACAGAAAAAUUUUAUGGUUGAAGAUGAAACAGUACUGCACAACAUUCCGUAUAUGGGCGACGAGGUCCUGGAUCAGGACGGUACUUUCAUCGAGGAGCUCAUAAAGAACUACGACGGGAAAGUGCAUGGUGACAAAGAAGGUGGAUUCAUUGAUGACCAACUGUUCGUAGCGUUGGUCAAUGCAUUAAUGUCCUUUCAAACUAAGGAUGAAGUAACAGAGGAGCGAAGGGAAAGAGAGAAAGAAGCUAGGGAAGCUAGAUUGUCUAAGGAAGAAAAGGAGAAAGAAUCUGAAAAAGAUAAGCCUAAAGAAAAAGACAAAGAUAAACAAAAAGAUAAGGACAAAGAUAAAAACAAAGAUUCUGACAAAGAAAAAAAUAAAGAUGCAGAGAAGGAUUCUGACAAGGAAAAAGGCGAAACCAGCAAAGAAAAGGAGGAAAAGUUGCCGUUUUGUAUAGAGAAGAAAAUGCAGUUUCCCAUAUUCACUAUAUUUCAGGCCAUCAGUAGCCAGUUUCCCGACAAGGGCACUGCUCAGGAGCUCAGAGAAAAAUACAUUGAGCUUACAUCCCGCAGCGAUCCCAACGCGCUACCGCCGGAAUGCACGCCCAAUAUUGACGGCCCCCUCGCUGAGUCCGUGUCUCGCGACCAGACCAUGCAUUCGUUCCACACACUCUUCUGUCGGCGCUGCUUCAAAUACGACUGCUUCUUGCACCGUUUACAAGCGUGCCACCCCGGCCCUAACUUGACGAAACGUAAGGGGCCCGACCUAAAACCCUUCAAUGAGCCCUGCGGACCUAGUUGCUACAUGCUUUUGGAGGGGAUGCGUGAGAAACUAGCUCGGGAGAAGCUCGCGGGGGAAGAGGACAGCAACAACAAAGGGAACAAAACUCACGCCAUCGACUCACCCAACGACGCCUCCUCCGAGGACAGUAACGACAGCAACCGCUUCCAGAAGGAUAUGCCAGACAGAUUAGAUACAAAAAGGUGUAAUGUUGGUGCAGGUAGCAACAGCAACUCCAGCAACAGCAACUGGAGCUCCAAGAGUCACCUGCCGCAGGGAGACGCAGCGCUGGAACCAGCUGAGCCUGCUUACAACGCUUUAGGAUUGACGGUGGGCGACAUAGACUCUGAGUGGACGGGGUCGGACCAGUCACUGUUUAGAGCUCUGCAUAAAGUGUUCGUCUCCAACUAUUGUGCCAUCGCUCAACUCAUGCUCUCCAAGACUUGCCAACAGGUGUAUACGUACUGGAUCAACACUGGCCAAGAGGAAUGUAGAGUGGAGGCGGAACUAACGCCGCCGCGGAAGAAGAAGAAGAAACACCGUCUCUGGUCCGUGCAUUGCCGCAAGAUACAACUCAAAAAGGACUCCGCCUCUCAUCAUGUGUACAACUACACGCCGUGCGACCACCCCAACCAGCCGUGCGACAACAUGUGUCCGUGCCUGCAGUCCCAGAACUUCUGCGAGAAGUUCUGUCAAUGCAGCACCGACUGUCAGAACCGGUUCCCCGGGUGCCGCUGCAAGGCGACGUGCAACACGAAGCAGUGCCCGUGCUACCUGGGCGUGCGCGAGUGCGACCCCGACCUGUGCACCGCGUGCGGCGCCGACGCGCCCGCCCCGCCCCGCGCCACCGCCCGCCACGCCCCGCAGCAGUUCUGUAAGAACGUGUCGGUGCAGAGGGGUUUACACAAGCACCUGCUGCUCGCCCCCAGCGACGUGGCGGGUUGGGGUAUAUUCCUGAAAGAUGCUGCACACAAGAACGAGUUCAUCUCGGAGUAUUGCGGCGAGAUCAUAUCACAGGACGAGGCAGACCGUCGCGGGAAAGUCUACGACAAGUACAUGUGCUCCUUUCUGUUUAACCUCAACAAUGAUUUCGUCGUGGACGCGACUCGUAAAGGUAAUAAAAUACGCUUCGCCAAUCACUCCAUCAACCCCAAUUGCUACGCAAAGGUGAUGAUGGUGAACGGUGAUCACCGCAUAGGCAUAUUCGCCAAGAGAGCCAUUCAGCCUGGAGAAGAGCUGUUCUUUGAUUACAGAUACGGACCAACGGAACAGCUUAAGUUUGUUGGCAUCGAAAGAGAAAUGGAAUUCUUAUGA